AGCAAAAAGACUACCAGUGGCAAAAUGCCAAAACAGCCACUGAUGACCAAAGAGGCCAAACAGCCACUAUUGGCCAAAAUGGCAAAAACGCCCCUGGUAGCUAAAAUCGCAAUUUGGCCACUAGUAGCCAAAAUGGCAAGUCGGCCACUAAUGACGGCUAAACAAGCAAAACAGCCACAGGUGGCCAGAAUGGCAAAACGGCCACCAGUGGCCACAAGGGCAAAACUGCCAGUAGUGGCCAAAAUGGCAAAACAGCCAUUAGUGGCCAAACUAGCAAAACAACCACAAGUGGCUAGAAAGGCAAAUCGGCCGUUAGUGGCCAGAAUGGCAAAACGGCCACUAGUGGCCACAAUGGCAAAAUUGCCACUAGUGGCCAAAAUCUCAAAUCGGCCACUGGUGGCCAAAAGGGCAAAACGGCAACUAGUGGCCCAAAUGGCAAAAAAACCUCAGGUGGCCAGAAUGCAAAACAGCCACAAGUGGCCAGAAAAUAAUGGCAAAACGGCCACUACUGGCCAAAAUGGCAAAACGUUACAAGUAAGCAAAAUGGCAAAACGGCCACUAGUGGCCAAAACCAUAAGGCAACCACUAAUGGCCUAAAUGCCAAUACAGUUACAAGUAAGCAAAAUGGGAAAACGGCCACUAGUGGCCAAAAUCGCGAGGCAACUACUAAUGGCCUAAAUGCCAACACAGUUACAAGUAAGCAAAAUGGCAAAACGGCCACUAGUGGCCAAAAUCGCAAA